GCCUAUUGCUGUUACCGUUGUUUCUCUGUUGAGUGAAGGGCACUUCCCAACACAGGAUGGAUUUCCAGGGAUUCUUAAACGACUUGCAGGAUUGGGAACUUUCUCGAAAGGACAAAGCACGAAAAAUGAAGUCACGAAAGGAAAAUGGUUCAUCUUCUCGGAAUACUGGAUCAGUGGGUGUGGAGAAGGCUUCAAGAGCAGAUACUAUUUCUUUUGAUCAGGCAAGAAGUUCUUCAGGACAGUAUGAUUUCUCAAGAAAUAAUGAUCCAUUUGGUCGUGUGCAUAGUAGUUUUGUUCCCGAAGAUGUUCCUGAUGCUGCUUCUGAGAAAGAUCUGGGUAAUGAGUUUUUCAAGCAGAAGAAGUUUAAGGAAGCUAUCAACUGCUAUUCAAGGAGCAUUGCCUUGUCACCAACAGCGGUAGCAUAUGCAAAUAGGGCAAUGGCCUAUAUCAAGCUCAGAAGAUUCCAAGAGGCAGAGGAUGACUGUACAGAGGCCUUAAAUCUUGAUGAUCGUUACAUAAAAGCAUACUCACGCCGAGCAACAGCUAGAAAAGAACUUGGGAAAAUUAAAGAAUCCAUGGAGGAUGCUGAGUUUGCCUUGAGGUUGGAACCUAACAAUCAAGAAAUCAAGAAACAGUAUGCUGAUGCUAAGACUUUGUUUGAGAAAGCUAUUCUUCAGAAAGCAUCUGGAGCUCUUAGAGGCACUGUACAGGGAACUCAAAAAGUGGGAGAGUCAGAGACAAAAGUUAAUGAAGGUAGCAUCCACCCUGUUUCACAUGAUGCUCAAAAGUCAGGGCCUGCUGAAGGUCAUCAAACAAAGUGUAAUGAGUGGCAAAUUCCUUCUAAAGAAUCACUCUUAAUGGAGGAGGUUGAUAGCAGGGAUACAAAAGCCGGAAGCAGGACUCAAGGACAAGAAGGGGAUGGUUCUAGUGCAAGCAAUAGUAUGGAGCAGGUUAAGAGAAAUCACAUAAUUAGUAAGCAGGAAAUGAAAGCAUCUGUUCAACAGCUUGCUUCUCGUGCGGCUUCUCGAGCCAUGAUUGAAGCUGCAAAGAACAUAACACCACCAACCACAGCUUAUCAAUUUGAGGUCUCUUGGAGAGGGUUUUCAGGUGAUCGUGCUUUGCAGGCUUGUCUAAUAAAGGCCAUACCUCCCCAUGAAUUGCCGAAGAUAUUCAAAAAUGCCUUAUCUUCUACCUUGCUAAUUGACAUCAUAAAGUGUGUUGCAUCCUUUUUCGCUGAAGAAAAGGAUCUGGUUGUCAGUUAUAUGGAACAUUUGACCAAGGUACCGAGAUUUGACAUGAUUGUAAUGUGCCUUCCAUCAACAGAUAAGGAUGUUGGUUACAUUUUCGUGCAGACUUACGCAAGAUCUGGGAUGAAGUAUUCUGUAGUGAGGCAACUCCAAUGGAGUAUGCAGAGAUUCUGGACAACCUCAGAUCAAAAUUCUGCGUUGGACAGUGACAUCAUCAGUUGUAUGUGUUAGUGCUUUUUUCCUUCGGGGAUCUUCUCUUUUCCUCAACCAUCACUUGUAAAUCAUUAUGCUAUUAAAUGUUUGAGCAUUAUUGACAAAAGUUGAUCCAUCUUCAAGCAAUUAACUUAAGGUAGGAGGAAAAGCAAAAACAAGAGUCCUUAUGUGAAGUGCCGGAGGCUGAGGGUUCAGUAUGUAUUAAUGUUUUUCCUUUGUGUGAAUUUGAGCUAUUUUGUCCCCGUGUUCGAACUUAGAAUACGUUCAUAUUGUGGUAGCACCGUUGUUAAUUAAUUCACUUCAGAAAUUGGAGGAAUUGGAUGCUUGUGUUGCAGAGAAUUUGCG